AUGACCGCCCUCGCCGUCCCCGCCGUGCCCGGCCCAGGCAUGGGCACCUCCCUCGAGGGCCUCAGCUCGCAGCCCCUCAAUUCGCGUCGCCCGGCCGCCCCCACGCUGCCCAGCUUUGAACUCCCCCCGCCGCCCUUUGGCCUCGCCGUGGGCGCCCACGGCCAAUGCGAUUUACUCGGGCCGCAGUUCGUUCUCCCCGUCGAGUCUCCAUCGGUCAGGGUCGGUGACUUCCCCCCCACCACCGAUGGCCUCUCUCAGCCCUAUGAGGCCCCGCCCAUGGCGUCCUUCUCCCAGGCGCUGCCGGCACCGUCCACCUCGACCUUGGCCUCGGGCCCACACCCCGUGACUUUAGGCCUCUAUCAGCCAAAUCAUACUGCGUCUGCUGCGUCCUUACCUUCCAACGACCCCUAUAACUCCAAGGUCCACUCCAUGUACGCUUCACCCGGUCAGCAUACCGGGUAUUCUCCUCUGUAUGCGGGACCCAAUCCUCUCGGAGGACAUGGCCAUCCGGGUAUGCACCCUGGCGCGCGCAUGCCCCUCCAGAGUCCCGGGGGACAGCCGCCCGUGCCAUAUCCACGUCAGCCGUGGCCGUCCUAUUCUCUCCCCGCCAUGUCCGGGCCGGUCAUGUCCAAUGUCCACAGUCCCAAUAGCCCCCUCUCUAUGAUGGGUGGCAUGCCGUCGGGCGUCUUGCCCGGGUUCAACAGUGGCCAUCUGGCCAACACACAACAUCUCUACGGGGCACACUCCGCCUCUCACCAUGGAAUGCCGGGCCCGGUGGCCGACCGACCCUUCAAGUGUGACCAGUGCCCUCAAAGCUUCAAUCGAAAUCAUGAUCUCAAGCGUCACAAGCGAAUUCAUCUCGCCGUCAAACCGUUCCCUUGUGCCCAUUGCGAUAAGAGCUUCUCGCGCAAAGAUGCUCUGAAGAGGCAUAUUUUGGUGAAAGGGUGCGGCACGGCUACCGCGUCGGAUUCCAACGGCGCAUUGACCGGUGAGAAUGGCACUCUGAAGAUCGAGGGUUCUGGCGACGACUUGAGCCCGUUGGCCAACGGCCGUAAUUGA